AUGAAUGUUCUCCACAGCAUCUCACUUUAUUUAAAAGACCGUUCAAUUCUUCAGAGAAUUUACAAAGUUGAUGGCUAUUUAAUGGGUGAGUAUCAUAAUUUCUAUUCAUAUUAUUUCAAAAACUGAUUUUUUUUCAGUUAGGACAACAAGUCACUUUCACAAAAAAAGCACAUUUCCAUGAUUUCUGUCAAAUUAUAGUAAAAAAAGUAUCAACUAAAUUGUGAAAUGUUCGAAUCAAUUGAUACAAAUACAUCAUUAUCAUUUAUGUCGAACAAAAAUCAUCUUAAAACAAUUCGCCAGAAACUGUAAGUUAUAUAUCAACAUAUGUAAAUAAUUUUGGAAUAUUAUUGCAGUUAGCUGAUAUUUCCGCUACUGUAAGAGAAAAACGACAGAAUUCAUAUACAUCUUCCUCGAGUUGUUCGUUAAACAAUACUUCAAAACAUGAUGGUCACAAAUUGGUUGAACUGGAAUUACAACUCAAUUCAAUUUCACUCAAAACACAUGAAGAAAUUGAACCAAAAACUCCAACAUUAGAUGAAGAAUUGCCAUUAUUGACUGAAGAUAAGGAAGAAGAUGCGAAAACAGAGGAAAUCAUUGCUCAACCAACUUUUUAUGAUGAAUUGAUGAAUCCUGAGAUAAGUGUAGAAACAAUGUUUAUCGAGAAACACAAAGAGUCUUAAAGUAAGUUUGAAACAUACCACGCCCAGGUUGAGGCAUAUGCACAGUGCCAAUAAAAAUUUACGGAAAUUCACCUCGUUUGAGAUUAUUUGAGAUUUUUUUGAAAAACAGCAAAUUUUUGCUUGUUUUUCCGUUAAAAAGUGGUAUUUUUCAGUCGAAAAGGUUGUUUUCACCUCGCCAAAAAAUUUCAAAACCCACUCCGCCAAUUUUCAAAGUUAAUUUGCACGAAGCUGGGCGUGGUAUAGUUUGAAACAACACCAUCUGUUUUUUUUUAAAUAUUAUCUUUCAGAGGAUUGUUGCCGAAAAGACGGAGAAGAAAAAGAAGAAGAAUUAGCGAAAUUCGAAGAAGAAGAAGAAGAAUAUAUCUAG